AUGACCAAUUAUAAGAAGAGAAUAUCCGAAGGUAUUGUGAGCUCGUUUAAAAAGCAAAAGAUUCUUAGUGAUUUUUUCCCUACAAAAGAUAUACCUCUGAAUGGCUUGCAACCAGAGAGUGGGUUUAGUUCGAUUAAUAAAAAGAGCGUGUUGGUGGAAUCGUCGGGCAUAGUAGAAGACAGUACAUUAAAAAAAAGGCGUAGCUUAUGCUCUCUUCCUAGAGAACAAAUGCCAUCGUGUGCUAAAUUUGAUAAAAAAAAAUGGAUAUCUGGGUUGACAGAUGAGGAAAGACAACUUCUGGACACAGAAAUCACUACCAUGGAUGAUUCAUGGCUAGCAGUAUUACAUGAAGAGCUGCAAAAGCCGUACUUCUUAGAUCUCAAAAGGUUUCUAGCUACCGAAGAAUGUCGUGGUGUAGUGGUAUUUCCACCUAGAGACUCGUGGUACUCAUGGACACGUUUAUCUCCCCUUCCCCAGAUCAAAGUUCUUAUUUUAGGGCAAGACCCGUAUCACAAUUAUAAUCAAGCGCAUGGGUUGGCAUUUUCAGUAAAAGACCCUAAAACUAGAAUUCCUCCCUCUUUGAAGAAUAUGUACAAGCUACUGAAGACUGAUUAUCCCAGCUUCAAAAUCCCGGAUACAGCAGACUUGACCCAGUGGGCUCAAAGGGGAGUCUUAUUGUUAAACACUUGUUUGACAGUAAGAGCCCACAAUGCUAAUUCUCACUCUAAUAAAGGCUGGGAAACUUUCACCAAAGCUGCUAUCCAGAAACUUAUUGACUAUAAUACUUCCAAGAACCAAGGAAUUGUUGUCAUGGCAUGGGGUGGGCCAGCUCAGAGAACCAUUGAUUCUUGCCGGCUUAAUGGAAAUCAUUUGGUUCUAAAGACCGUUCAUCCUAGCCCUUUGAGUGCGUCUAGAGGUUUUUUUGACUCCCACCAUUACAGGAAAUGCAAUGAAUGGCUCGUCAAGAGAUAUGGCGAAGAUGCUUUCAUUGACUGGUCUCUUGUGAAGGGAAACGUACUAAUGAAUCGUUAA